CAUGAAGAUUGAAGAGAGAGCUUUGUCCUUCCAAAAGGGAUAGUUCUUUGAGCAAUAUGGUACAGCCUUUUUCUGCUAUGGUCCAUAUGGGGCACCACAAACUUGGGAUACAAACCAGCCAAACUUUUCCCUGAUAAAAUCUACAUUUCUUUAUUCUACCGAAGUGUUUCUGUUAUGUCUGGCCCUCUCCGGGUUCUCCAGCGCCAGCAUGUCCUUGUUCUAUUCCAUAUUUUUCACGGUGGUCCUUCUGCCAGGGAGAUGGUUUCUGUUGCUUGCUCAUGAUUCAUGGUGCCCACAUCAUUUUGUUCAGCAAACCAAUCGACAAUUCCAGCAGAAAACGGAUAGGUUCUGGGAGUAUAACGAGCAGACCAACAGUUGGGUUGAAGUAGAAUUACCGUAUGAUCUAAUCUCUUGUCUAAAUGAUAACUGUACGAAAGUGGGCUCCCUUAGUCGAACAACAAAGAAAAGUGAGGAUCACAUGCAAAGAGAAUAUGAUCCUGUAGAAAGAGAGAGUUUGAAAAAGAAGGAUGGCCAGGGAGGAGUGGAGGACAGUCCUGAUACGGUUCUGCCUCUGAGAAAGAGAAUUUCAUUGACUAAAAUGUCUGAUGAAUCGAUUUGGGUCACUGGUGAAAGUGGCUCCAUCUAUGAGAGGUUUUGGAAUGGAGUGCAGUGGGUGAUUGCUCCCCAUGAUUUACCAGUAUUCGCAGGUCAUGCAAUCUCUGUUUUUAUUGUCAAUCAGACAAUUCUUGCACUAUCAGAAGCAGGAAUUCUGUAUCAGUUGCAGCUCAGCGAGAGUUCACAGCCAGUUUGGUUAGAGCUUAUACCAAGACCGAAUCAAAAAACAGGUACAGAAGAGGAGCAAAGUUCUGCCAUGUUAAUAAAGUCUGGUGCUGUGUCACAUGAUGGAGUUAGAGUUUAUUUCUGCACAAGGAAGGGGGCAUUGAUAGAACUAAGUGAGGUUGAGCCUCCAAGAUGGGUUUAUCAUGGCAGACCACCUGGUGCAAAUGUUGCAGCAAUAGCUGAUGCUUCUGCUAUCAGAAUAGAAGUAGUUUAUACCAUAAGUUCUAUAGGAGAUCUUUAUGAAUAUGAUAGAAGCUCAAAACCGUCAUGGAAGAAGCAUAUAUGGAGAGAAGGAACAGGACAAGAUGCUUCUCUGAUUCCAUCAAUGGGGUGCACUUUACAUGGCCUGACUGGAGAUCACUCUAUAUCUCUCUUUCUUUUAACCAAGGGUGGUAGAUUGAUAGAGAGACGACUACACCAAAGGAAGUGGAAAUGGGUAGUCCAUGGAAGUCCAAAAGAUGAGCAUCUGACAGCUAUCACACCAGUUCUGCAAGAAGAGCUAAAUGAAAAAUUAUUCUCAUUGUUUCUCGCCACAUCUACUGGAUUCAUUUAUGAAUAUCGAAUACCAAAACAGUCAGGUAUUGCUCAAGAGAACCAAAUUCCAGAUGCAUGGGUGAGUCAUAUGCAUCCCCCAUACGCAAAAGCCGCAAGAGGUAUUGCUGGACUACAAUUUCAUGUUGGCAGGAUGGUAUUUCCACUAGAUGAUGGAAGACUUGCAGAACUGCAUCUACCAGGCUUAGGUGGUGAAAGUACAGGGCCAAAUCAACAAGUUAAUGUCCGAAGAAAAGCAUCAACCAAAUAUAUAUGGUCAUUAAUAGACGCCCCAGAGAGUGAAGGAUGGAAUUCUGAGUAUUGCACAGAAGAACGUGGACCCACAAAUUGCAUCCUUGGUUCAAAAGACGAGCUCAAUGGUAUAGGAACAUUGCGAUCAAUGACAAGAAGGCGGAAGGGAAGCCAAGAACAAGCUUAUAUACCGCCAGGUGCCUCAGGUGGUGGCCGAAUGAUAUCUACUGAAGAAUCUAGUUCCCAAGAUAAUUGGAUCACCACAAACUUUCGUCUAAGACUGAUGCAUGGAGGUAGAUCAUUUUUCCUAAUAGCAGAUGCUGGUUUGACCUUUGAGUAUCUAUAUACUGAAAAUGUAUGGCUUUGGCUGAGACAUGACCACACAACUGCUAUCAAAGGUGCACUAGGAAACUACAAUGGAAGUUUAUAUGUUGUUGACACAUACGGAAGUUUGCUUAUUAGGGAAAGAAGCAGCAAUGAGCUGACAUGGAUAAAUUGCACUGCAUUGACGAAAGGAAGGCAAGUUACUGCAGGCCCUCCAUGGGAUGGAAUGCCAGGUAAAGCUAUGAGAGUUACAACAGAAGAUGCACUCUUCUUUGUGAGCAAAACUGGAAGAUUACUACAGUUCACAGUUGCCCUGAGGAAGUUUAAAUGGAAAGACUGCCGAAACCCUCCAAACAGUAAAAUUGCAACUAUAGUAGAUCAGGAAAUGUUCAGGGAAAAUGUGGUGUUCGUAUUAGGAAGGAAUGGUCGGCUGUAUCAGUACAACAAAGUGACUGAAUUGUGGCAUGAGCAUUACCAGUCUCAGCAUUUGGUUCUAUCAAAAUUGCCUGGAACUGCUAUGAGGCCAUCUUUACCUUCACUUACAGGCUCAAUUUUCAUGCUUUCAGAAGAUGGUGGACUAGUUGAAUAUCACUGGAACACAUUGGAUGGGUGGAAUUGGGUGGAACAUGGAACUCCAUAUAAGGGAGUGACCUUGGUUGGCUCACCAGGCCCAUGCUUUGAUGGUAAUAAACUGUUUUCGAUUGGCUCAGAUGGAAAAGUAUAUCUGAGAUAUAUGGAUGAAAUGACAUGGAAAUGGAAGAGUUGUGGGUUUCCGUACAUGGGAAAUACAAUUGUUGAAAAUCAAAGACAAGACAAAGAAAGGGAGACGAAAGAAGAAAUUUGUGUUGACAAAGAUUUUGCAGCUAGCUUGCAGAUGAAUUCAGAACCCUUACAUGAUCUUAGUGAAAACUGUGACCCCAAGGUGGCCUCAACACGACCAAUACCAUUUUCUGAAGAUUCCGUCAUCUUUGAACUACGAGAUGGCAGACUUGCAGAAUUGCAACGAACAGAAAGCACAGAUUGGUUUUGGUCUCGGACAAUUGGCACUCCAACAAGCGCCUGCAUAGCAAAUUACUGGACUGCUUUGGCAUCAUAAAGCAGAACCCACUCUUUUUUUUUGUUAAUGAAGCACAUAAAGGUACAAACAAUAGAUUUUUAGUGUCAUUCAGUUAACAUAGAAGAGAAGUUGCAAACAAGCAGUAUACCUUUCUCUUAACUUUGACAAAGGAGGAGGUGUGGAUUGAGGAAACUUAUAGUCACUUGCUCUACUAUGUAAAAAAGUAAAGAAAUACAAGGAUGUAUGCCACUCAUGAAUAAAUUGACAAGUAGAAAAUGCACUUGUUAAAUAAAUAAAUAAAGGCAUUUUCAUUGUACUUAUCGUGAAAAAAUACCGAGUGAAAAGGGCCCCAAAUUCAAAACUCUGCAUGUCCUUUAUGU